AUGCCGUUCAAGCAUUCGAGACACAUCACUACUGUGAAGCGGCAUGUCAGACAUGAUCCGGACCUUAUUCGUGUCCCUGGGAGGGGAGGAAUCACUCCUUUGCAUUAUGCAGCGGAAUCAGAUGACAACAUCAAUCUUUUGAUUAGAUUUCUUAUCGUAUACCAGUCCUCAAUCAAGGACGUGACCAUUCGAGAUGAACCUGCUGUGCAUAUUGCAGUCAGAAACAAAAACUUAAGAGGUUUUAAGGUUAUGAAGUUGUUAAUCGGAAUCGUAGAUGUGAAUGCCAAGAACAGUGAAGAUAAUACCGGCCAUGGAUAUCGUAGAGGACCUGGACCCACAACGUUGAAAUGA